GCCACAACGUUGAGCGUCACGAUCAUCACAAUAAUCAGGCCCAAAAAGGGGCCGUAUACUAACAAAUUCGAAGAUUUCUAUCUCAUGGCAUGCAUUUCAAAGGAUGGCGGUAAAAAUGUGUGCUGUGCUGCGGUUAGGAACACUUUUGUCUAUUUGUAGCGUAUUUAAUUUAAUACAGUGCACGAGGCUCAAUGUUCCUCGUGUGCUUUUGCCGUAUCGGCAGAAAGUUGCAUCUAACUACACCUUGGAACUCGUUGAAGUGGCCGGCGGGGGAUGCUAUCAAUGGACGUCUUCCAACCCGGAGGCCGUGACCGUGACUGUGCUGGAUGCCAAACCGGGACAGCUGUGCGGAUUGCGGGCAGAGGUGUCGGCCGUAUCUCACCACCCGACUCGCAGCACUUCCAUUAUAAUGGCCGAUAACACUGCAACUGGAGAAACCUUCAGGUGUGACGUGAUUGUGGACAGGAUCCACUCAUUCGAGCUGGUCACCACCACACGAGAACUCCUCCUUGAAGACGCUCCAGAGUUGAUUGAGGUCGUUGCCCGGAAUGAUCAAGACGACACCUUUUCCUGCAUCAGCGGCGUGCCGUUUGAGUGGAGCAUUUCGUCAGGGUCGACCCCAUCACAGGGUGUGGUCCGUUUUAUGCGGGCCGUAGAAUCGACGUACAAGACUCCGCCCAGCUUGCAGUUCUGGGAGAACCAAGGCCUGCAGGGUCAUGCAGUCUUGCUUGAGGGUUCUAAGACAGGUGCUGCCAAGAUAUCUGUGCGCCUCAGCGAUCCAGACUAUGCUCAUAUUGCAGCUAAAGAAGUGACCCUGGUGGUGGUCGCAAACAUUGCAAUCAGCCCUCUCUCCGUGUUCCUCCUGGAAAAUGCGGUGGUCCAGUACAGGGUCGACUUGAUUAGGCAUGGACGACCCACCGAAAUUCAACUCCCAUCCCAACAGUACUACCUGGAAGUAGCAGAUCCCUCGGUGGCCCAACUCACUUCCGCCGACUCUAGGGUCACGGCCCUUACUGUUGGACACACUGCUCUUUUGCUGAAAGAUACCAAUAUAGUCUCUCAUGAGCUUGCAAGGCGUCCACAGGCAGAAAUCUAUGUUGUCAAGCCAAGCUAUUUGUUGUUCACGGUGCAGCCCGGUGACAACUGGGCUCUGCAGGAGCAGUCUGAAUACGUGAUUGAGGUGAAGCUCUACGAUGAGAGACAUCACCGUGUUCACCUCAGUGAUAACUUAGCCAUGGAUGUGGAGUUCCCGUCGGACUACUUUGAAGUGGUCGCAUCGUCUGAGAAUGGCACCCACCACUUGGUGAGGACAAAGGGCCCUGGGUCCUGUCAGCUCAAGGCUGUCUUCCUAGGUUUCAAAACAAAGGUGGGGUCAAUCAGGAAGGCCAAGUAUGAUAUCCACGGCACUCAGGAAGUCAUGAUUUACGAGAAGCUCCUGGUGACUCCAUCGGUGAUGCUGUUUCCAUGGGAUCCUGCUCUGCAGCCAUCAUAUGUUGUAUAUCCAAAGGCAUCAGGUGGUACAAAGUUUUACCGCUGGUUUGUGAGCAACAACACAGUGGCCCAUAUCUCAUAUCAGCCUGAAGAGCUGAGUGUCACCUCCAAGGUGACUACAAAGUCGCUGGGUGAUGCUGAAGUGAUCGUGGAGGAUGCUUUCAACAGCUUUUUCAUCAGCAAAGCCAAGGUGUCAGUUCAACCAGUGGCCGACCUCGAGGUUGUGCCGUCCCUUCUUGAGAUAGACUAUCUCAACGAUGUUGUGGUUCCUGUUGCUCUGUAUGGCUAUGAAGACCCCUCCACUAAGUCGGGGAAGCGAGUUUUUGACGACUGUUCCAAGGUUCCCCUAUCUGUGGAAAUGGUUGACCCUGCAAAGUUUGCCUACGUUGAAGACAGCCAGUAUCCACCCAUAGGACGCGGCUGUCGUACGUUGCAGUUCACUUGCAAGGCUGUCGGCCACACUCGCAUCUACGUGUCGUAUACUGUUGGGGAUGUUACUUUCAAGAGCACAACCGUCAUUGGAUGUCAUAAAACUCUUAAGCCCGUUCACCCAGUGAAGUCUGCAGUCAUCGCAUAUGGCUCCUUCAAGGACGUCGCCUUCGAGGGGGGACCUCGACCUUGGCCCAUGUUGCCAGAGGGUCACUAUGCGAGAAUCACAGCUGACAAUACCUCUCUCGUGAGCGUGAUGCGCAUCAUCGACCCUUUCCGUCACAACAGAGACCUUCACGUAUUUAGGGUUCUUUGUCGUGACCUCGGGGAGACUAACUUGGAACUUGCCAUAGGAAACAAUGCCUCAGCCACGAUCCCAAAUCCAGCUCGCAACACUGCCACUAUCAGGCUUGUGUGUGGAGUGCCUGAUAGUGUAACACUGAGGGUGAAAUGCAAGGGACCGAAGAAUGCCAAGGUGCCCUGUCCUGCCACAGAAGACGGUGAUAAGGUUCCGGUGCCAAAUUCGCGCGACGUCGAAGUAGAGGUGGUGGUGAAGGAUGCCCUAGGUCGACGCUUCUCCAACAUCACCUCUUUUGACAUCCACUGGGAAUUGUCCAACUACCUCCUGGCCAAGCCAGACAGUCAUCGUGAUGUGGUCACGCAUGUGGAUGGAUCCAAGGGGUACAAGAAAGUCUCUCGAGAUUUCCAGACCAUCCACCCUGUUGGCAAAUCCGGUCCUCUGACCGUGUCCGCUCGCAUUGUGGGAUACAACCAUCAGAUUCUACGGCACUCUUCACUUCCCAAUGUGCACCCUGUGAAUCCAGCUGUGAGUGGUUCAGUCUCUGUCUCACUUGUGGGCGAUGCAAAAGUAGAACCAUCUCAGACGUCGGUCUUCAAUCAUCCAUCUCACACGACGACCGUAAAAAUCUUGGAGGGCUCUGGGUUCUACCAACUCACAUCUUCCGACAGUUCCAUAGCAGACGUCAAGUUUGAUGAAGUUGCGAGCGAGAUUAAAAUCAGCCCUCGGAAAGACGGAGCCUUUGUUCUCUCCGUACACGACCUGUGUCUCGACUCUGAGGCGCCAGCCACUGUGAGAGUGCAGGUUGUCGGAGUCUACAGUAUCCAUGUCACUAUGAUUACCAUGGUUGAGCAUCAGACAGAGGUAAUUGCUAAGGUUCAGCUACUGGAUUCCAACCAGGAUCUGCUGCCUUCAUCGGUGUUUGCUCUCGUGGGGCUCCAGCCCGUCGUCGGGUCAAACAUAAUUAAAGUCAGGGCAUUAGGGUUCGAGGAGGAUGCAAAAGAAGUGAACUUUGCAGUUCACGGUGCAGCACUCGGCACAACGACUCUCCAGUUCACUACCAGUUCCACCGGCGAGGCUGUGGCGAGCCAAGUGUUGCCGGUGCAGGUAUUUGCUCCGCUGAAGCUCAAUCCGAGGAACAUAACGCUGAUUGUGGGGGCAACGUUUCAAGUGUGGUGCAUGGGUGGCCCUCAGCCGCAAGGAAGGGUUGAGUACACCAUAGAUAGUUCAGCGGGUGCAGUGGCUACGGUUGCAUCCAAUGGGGUGGUGACAGCAACACAGAGAGGCAACACUGUGCUCACUGCUAGGGCGCUGGGUUAUCUUACGGACUCUGGCGAGGCUGCAGUUUAUUCGCAGGAUCAAGUGACUAUAUAUGUAGUCGCACUGCGAGGCAUCAAGAUUCGUGCGCCGUUGAGGCGUUUGGUGGAAGGAACGUGGAUGUCGGUGUUCGCUGCUGGGCGUGGGGACUUUGAAGAUCCCUUUGCGUUCUGCAGUGCCGUUCCCCCACUUCUGUUCCAGUGGUCCGUCAGCAAUCCGCAUGUUAUUGCAGUGGAAUCGCUCUUUCAGCAGAGUGGGCUGCAGGUGACCCAGGAAAAUGCGUGUGCAGUGCGCCUCAUGGCGCUGCGUCCCGGGCAAACAUCUCUCCGUCUCCAGGUCCGCGUCCUCAACGCGGCAUCCAGCCCCCAGUAUGAACAACUUCUGCGCGAUGAAGCAGUUUCUGCUGAGCUGCAAAUAGAGGUAGUCCCACGUUUGGAACUAGUCCGACCACACGCAUGUGUCCAGCCUUUGCUCAUGGGUCCAAAUGCCCAACUUCCACUGAAGACCAACAGAGACGGCGACAAUGGAUUGAACUACGAAGUUCUAGGUUCCAGUAAGAAGCCCGUCAUUUCGAUCGAUAACCACGGCGUCGUGACUUCUGCUGGUGACUCUGGUCGCGCAACGGUAGGAGUAGCCUUUCAGGAAGACUUUGGGGUGAAGCAGACGUUCGCAGCGUUGAUCGAGGUGGUUUCCAUAGCAUAUGCAAUGACCAAGACAGACGUGGAGGUUCAUGCGGCAGUGCAGCCCCUUCCUUACAUUCCUGUCGGUCUGGAGGCACGUCUGAAGAUCACCUUCCACGACGGCAUGGGCAGAAAACUGGACGCUGCAUUGAGUCGACUGCGCUGGCGACCCAGUCGGGACGACUUGGUGCUGGUGAGCAGAGCCAUGGACAACGACACGGUGCUCGUGAGAGUCAGCCACCCUGGGAACACCGUCCUCAAACUGUGGGACGAAUUCAACCCUCGUAUUGUAGACUUCAUUCCACUCUUUUCACAAUCUGCACUGAGCCCUGAUCGAAGCGCACUCACAGUUGGCGACGUCGUCUGCUUCGAUGCGGCCCUGGUUUCCGCACAUGGUAACACGGGCAUAUGGUCCAGCAUGGAUAAAUCGAUAAAGAUUGAGGCAAGACAGGGAAUAGCGGUUGCGACUCAACCAGGAAGGGAUGUCGUCAGCUAUAAUAUAUCGACUCACCUGUUUGCAUCUCAACAGAUCGUCGUAAACCCAAUCACCAGUAUCUCGAUUAACGCAGAAGAUGUGACUCACGUGUCUACGCUUGUGGAAAACCGUAUUCCAGUACGGUUGGGUACGGAGGAGUCAAACCUGUAUGGAAAAUUGUGCCGUGACUUUGACUCAGUCGUGGUGACUCCUCCGUUUGAGUGCAUAGCGAGUUUUGUGCCACCAUUGCCAGACGCUCAGAUUCAAGAUGUGUUUGUCGCACGUCCCGGAUUUGACUUCGAAAAAGGCACGUACUACUGCGCUCUAUCACCCGCUGGUCGUCUGGGAUCUCUUCACAUGGCCGCUCUACAAGGAGGAGGGGUAUCCCUGGGUGUGUUGUCUCCUGGACUGACCACGCCUGCCCCAGUGGCGCUGCCAUUGGUUGCUGGAUUCCACCUGCACUUGCGGGAAGUGGUGCUUAGCAACGCCCGCCCAUUUGCAACCGUUGGCGUGACAGCAACUGCUGCUAUGCGUGACUGCCUCAAGACGUAUGCUUCUGAACCAGACCUGGUGGAAGUGGUUGGACCCCAGGCAGACCCCAAGUGGGAGCACACGUAUACUUUCUCGCUCCGCGUGAGGGACUUCCAGGCCUUCUGGAAGCAUGAUUUCCACGCUGCACUAAUCAACGUCACCUUUGAGUGCCCUGCAACGAGACAGAGUGACGUUGUGGCCGUCAAGAUCACCCUGGAGGCCCCACCAGAUGGCACAAUUUCCAGUUGCCCUGCUGGAUAUGGAGCGGGAUGGCACGGUGCCAUUCAGUCUGUCUGGUCCCACUACCAGUUUUGGAUAAUGACCUUUCUUCUGGCUUCUGCCACUGCUUUCGUCAUGCUGGGAUACAAGCCACUAUUAGGAGGAAAAAAGGCAUCAAUCUCCACACGACCCGAUGUGUUUGCUACUUCACCGGGUCAGACACCCCCAGGAACUCUGCCUUGGCAUCCCCCUGGUUCGGCGGACCGGUCCAGAGGCAGUCCAACACAGCUGUGGAGCGUGCCGGGUCACUGGAGUCCUCAGUCCAGGGAGAGCCCCCAAAGUGCCUCCUACCUGGGACGGUAGCGUCCCGCGGACAUAAUAGUGAAAUAUCAUGAUGCGCCUUGUUAUGAAAAGCCUUAAACUGCCAAUGCUAGACGAUGAUGUUUUUGGUGUCAAACUGGCCAUUACUUGUUUGUUUUGUCAAAUUGCACGUUGUACAGAAAGUCAGCUUCGGUCCUGACUUGAUUUCAUAGUAUUAGUUUUCUGGAUAGCCUGGUGCACCACAAGCAGAUGUAAACAACAACGGAACAGCCACAGUCAAAACUGAGCAAUUACGUACACCAGUUAAUUCUUGAAUGCAUUUAAAAUGUGUUUUUCUGUUCCAUCUUAUGUACAGUGUCAUAAUAAUGCUGAUAAUGUGCGUCUGUUCUGGGACAUCCUAAUCACGUACACUUACGUGUACAUUUCAUUUGGUUGUGUGUUUUGUUGACACUGCACCUGGUGAAACAGCUACAGAUUUCUAAUGCUGUACAAGCAUAACCCCAGUUAUUUUAAGGCGAAAAUAUGUGUUGAAUGUACGAAAUGCCCACAAAGGUGCCAAUAAUAUUUUUUGUGAUGCUUCUAUGUUGAGCAAAUUUAGAACUUUCGUUGUAUUUUUAAUAACACUGUGAUAUGCCUUUUUAAGUUGUUACAGUAUAUGAUGUGGAAUUGAUAAAAUAAUAGAAAUGUUUUGGCAUAGCUACAGGAUGACAGUUUCCUAAACUUUGUGAUGCACUUGGCUGUUUGUAUAUGAAUUAAGAUGUGCAAUGCUCAACAGUUGCAUUUUUUCAAAUUUGCAAUUUGCACAUUUUACAUUGUGAUUGGAAUGCCCAUUUUACUUGGAACAGGGUGAACAGGGGUUCAAGCAGUAUGUGCAUUGCUUUUCAAAGUAGGGCCUCUCAUUGUAAAUAACAUGGUUCAAACUUAAGUCACAACAAAAUAUUUUGUGUAAACGAAACAAUAAACCAUAUUUGUUUGUUGCAAAAACA